UAAAUGGGGAAUAAAUUCACACAUUGCACUAAUAAGCUUGACUAAAUAAACAUCAUGCAGUCCUACUUGGUUCUACUGUUGGCCACUAUCGGCAUCUCUCACUCCCAAGUAAUUCAUACAGGGAAAUGCCCUCAGGUGCAACCACUGCAAAACUUCGAUGCAGCAAGUUAUCUAGGAACUUGGUAUGAGAGCCAAAGGUACUUGAUGGUCUUUGAGAUUGGCACACGUUGUAACUCGGCUACGUACUCCUUGAAUACCAACGGAUCCGUGGAUGUACUUAAUAAAUGUAUUUUUAAUAUUGGUGGAAUUACACAAAUCAUCCAGGGUACUGCUAACCUGGUGGGCGACGGAGUGGGACAACUGGACGUAUACUUCCCAACACAAAAUGCUGAAGCGAACUACUAUGUUAUCGGUUCGGACUACAAAAACUGGGCGGCAGUUUUUAGCUGUAGGGAGCUACCUCUUAACUUACACUCCAGGUUCGCUUGGGUUUUAACGAGGGAACGAGACGCUUCUGAAGAACAUAUUGCAGCGGCCAGAGCAGCUUUGGAAUCUCAAAGUUUGGAAACUAGCCCCCUUAAUACCGUGAAUCAUGAAAACUGUGGUAGCAUUUAAAUCAAUUUGUUAAUAAAGUUGCCAUUCUGGUUUUAAUAAGUUAA